AUGGCCUCUGCGAACAUAUCGAACGUGUCGGCGACAUGUAAAAAGUUAGAAAAGAAGUUAUCGCAAGUACUGAGUAAUGAUUAUACUCAAUUGGCUCUGGUUUACGAUUCCAUCGAUUCUUUAAUGAAUGAAAUUUUGUCCCAAGAUGAUAUGCGUUUCCUUGUUCGACGAAUCAUGCAUCCAUUUGGUUCAGUUGCUCUUGAUUGUGGCAGAAAAAAAUUAGCUAUCAAGAUAGUAAAACUAAUUCAGCGGCUAUUAGAUGAAAACGAACAAAAUAAACUAGCAGUCAAAUCACUUUUGAUUCUUGUACGUGAAAGCCGAACAUAUAUUUGGGAUGCUCAGCUCGAAAAUCGAACAGACCAAACCGUUGCAAAACCUAUAAGUAUUCGUCGUCUUCUUGUACUGUUUGAAUAUCGGGAAUGCACAGGAAAAGAAUUGAAUUCUUUAAUCAAGCUGAUAAAUGGUUGCGUUAAUUUUCACAAAAAUUUUGGUGGAAUCGAUAUCAUUUUUUGUCUUGUGGAUACGACUUGCUUUGCAUCUCUUUGGCAUUUAUACUUUAAUCCACUAGUGAUUCAAUCGAUCGAAAGUAAUGACGACCGUUUUGCAGUCAAAAAUGCUGUAGGAAAAGCUUCUUACAAAUCGCCAACAGGCUCCAGCAUACAUGUAAUAUGGUCUGACGGUCGAACUGAUAUAUAUAGCGAUGGAUAUGCUAGUAAACGUGAGCGUGUCGAUGAACUUGUUCACCAAGCUCUUAGGGUGUGCUUAGACGAACAGUUGUUGCUGACUUUACUCGAAAUAAUCAACUUAUCUCCCCCUAAUACUCAUAUAUCCGAUACAAUUCGUGCUUGGCUUCGUUUGUAUGGUUAUCUACAGAAAGAAGUUACUGCUCGUUUUACAAAGCGAAUGAGUGAUAUUUUAUUUGAACAAUUGAAGAGUAUCGAUAUGAACAAUAAACCACAUGAAAUCAAAAUACUCAUAUAUGGCCUACUUGAACAUAGUAUUAAUAAUGUUCCCAUGAUAGCUGAUGUCAGGAUGCAACAAUUCUCUCUUGCACCUCAUAUUACUCAUUUCAUUGAACAAUUGUUUGAUUGUCAAAGCAGUGAUAUGCAUUCGAUCGUUGAAGAAUUAAUCAAAGACAUUUGUAAUUAUAAACCAAGCGCAUACCAAGAACAAGAUUUCAAAUAUAAAUAUGUCUUACUCAAUGAGAUAUUACUUAGAUGCAUAAAAAUCAAAACACUUAAUAGAAUCCAAACAAUCGACCUGAAUACACUUCUUUCGUAUGUAGACUAUAUUUUAUCAGCAGAUAGUAGUCAAUUAAUGUAUCAUCAACCUAUCGUUCUAUCAAUUUUUCAAUAUGUUAGUAUUUAUACACAGCAUGAUCUUAUUCAACCGCUGCUCGAACGUGCAGCCAGUAAAUCUGAUCAAGAUUUAUUAUUCCAACUCAUCGAACGUUCUAUUGAUAUAGUCAACACAUUACCUAUUUAUAUGUCAAAUGUUCUCAAUAAUAGUGAACAUCUUACAAUACUGACAAAUGUGAUGAAUUCAUACCUAGCUAUCGAACAUAUUUCAACAUUUCUUUGCAUCAUUGAAGGCUUGACUAAAAGUAUCGAUGGUCAGAAACAUUUGGUUUCGUUUAAAAUUCAUGCAAUACUUCUGCGUUGGCUUGUUGAUUCUCAUUCGAAAUUGUCAUCAAUGAAUACUGCACAUCUCAUUCGACUGCUAUUGAUUAUUGCACAGCUUCCACACAAUGAACAUGCAGUGGAAGAGAUCGCUGAAGUCUUAGUUGGUAGUUACGUUCAAUCAUUCAUUCAAACAAAUUUUGACAAAGAAAGUCCAUUACCCGAUGUACUUCUGUUCCUUGAUUCGGUUUCAAAAACUAAUUCAUUGUUUGCACCAAUGCCUAUACUUACGGCACUCCUUCAGCAUUGUGAUAAUGAUAGCGGUAAAGCAGCUUGUAUAUCACACUUUAGCAGUUUGGCAGCGGAACUUCAGAAAUCACAAUCACAUCAAGUUUUCAGCACCAUUCUCCAUCCUUAUAUAACUAAUUUAAUGUAUCUUCUUCGCUCUUCAAGCUCAUUGAAAUAUCCUAUUAUUUAUAUUCUUGCCGAAAUACUUAGUUUAACGAUGGAUGAACGCAAAGUAUUAGUCAAUAUUGACUUGCCUCAACAAUCGGAUGACGUAAAAAAUAAUCGUUCACUGGAAAUGAAUGCAGUUGAACAUGAAUUUUUCACGGCAGAACGGCCCACUAAACAAGAUUAUGUUCGAGUGAAAAAGAAUGAUUUUGUCAAGACAGCAGCUAUAUUGAACGAUAUAACAAAAACAUCAUUGGAUCAGUUCGAUCAUGGUCUUCGUUCUCGUCUUUUGGCUGAAUCACAACAAGAUCAAAAUGUUAAAAAUUACUGCUCACCGCAUUGGACAUCGACAUUUACAGCAGAUGAGAACAUGAAGAAAGUACUUGAGGUUCUUGACAACUUUAUUCCAAUUCUACUCGAAGGUGACACAGGUGUUGGAAAAAGUGCGACCAUUACUGAAGCCGCUCGUAAAAGUGGUCGCAAACUGAUUCGUUUUAAUAUGUCGUCUCAUAUCACAAUUGAUGAUCUCCUUGGUAAAGUAACUCUUGAUCCUCUUUCUGAGACAACCAAAAUCGGAUUUAUCGAUGGUCCAUUUACAUGUGCUUUCAAGGAAGGCUAUUGGAUCUUAAUUGACGAGCUCAACUUAGCUCAAGACAUUGUACUUCAAGUCAUUGAGUCAGCACUUGAUACUCAUCAGUUGAUUAUUCAAACAGCAAGUUCUGCCAAAGAACCGGUUCGACGAUAUCGUAUGCACAAAGAUUUUCGUCUAUUCGCAACACAAAAUCCAAAUUCAGGUUACUUCAAGGGCAAACGAGAAAUACUUUCCGGUUCAUUUUUAAGUCGCUUUCGUCCAAUCAUAUUUAAAGAACUACCAAUCGAUGAAUGGAAAAUAAUAAUACAAAAAUUCUUAGUACAGAAUUGUUUUGGUCAACAGCCAGCUACCAACUUAUCUAAUCGUCUUAUUUUCACAUUCGAUAAUAAGAUCCGACAUAAGCAAAUUGCUGAUCAAAAUAACCCGACAUCGUUAACAGAAACUGGAUCAUACGCUCUCUUCUCGAUUCGCGAGUGUUUUAAAUGGGCAAAACUCCUCAUUCCGUAUCGACAGGAAUAUGAAUGUAGCGAUCAAACUAAUGAUGUAAAUAGACUUCUAUGUUUCAGCUGUUGGUGUAUAUAUGGAGCACGAUAUCGUCGGGAAGGACGUAAAUAUAUUGAAGACAUUCUUAUUGAGCGCUUCGGUUGUCCACCAGGUAUUCGAGAUAUUCAACGACAAAUCAACUCAACAGACGAUUCGAUUUCAUUCAACGACAAUAUUGUUCGAUGUCCUUUACCGAUUAAUACAUUUAAAGAAGCUACUUAUAAUCCAAGAGUUGAAUGGACUGAAUCUUUUAAACUUGCUGGUUUGUCUUCCAUUUCUUACAAUGACGAAAUUUGGCAAAAGGCAGUUGAUGUUCAUACUGCCAUUCGUCAAGAAUUAUUAAAUGAUAAAUUUAUAUCUAGUCAUGGAUUUUAUCGAAUUGAUCAAUCAUGGCUAUGGGCAUGGCUUGUUGAAUCUGGUGAAAAGCAAAUUCUUUCAAACAUUUCUGAAUUUGCUCAUCUCGGCCUAAAGAUGUAUCAAAGUCGAUUUCGUCAUACAGCUAUUCGAAAACGUAUGUAUGAAUUAUUCUGUGACACAUUUGGUGUCAAACUCCGCGAAGAAAAUACCUCAACAUCAGCCACUUUCACUCCUGAAGUCCCAUUUGUGCUAACGGAUCGUAUUUGGAGCGUACUUAAACAACUUGCUUUUCUUUUACAAAUAAAUCAACCAUUGUUGAUUACUGGUGAUGAAGGUUGUGGAAAAUCAGAAUUACUGUUAGCACUUGGAUGGCUCUACUCGAAACAUGUUCAUCAAGUUAAUAUAACACCUGAAACAGAACCAUCAUCUCUCAUAGGCCAACUAAUCCCUAAUGAUUCGAAUAAGGAAGGAAAGAAAUUUAUUUGGCAAAAUGGUCCCAUAACUGAUGCUUAUGUUAAAGGCAACUGGGUUUUACUCGAUAAUAUUGGAACAGCCGAACCUUCUGUAUUAGAACGGCUCAAUCCUGUUCUCGAAAAUGAUCCACUACUGAUUUUAUCGGAACGAGGGGAUAUCAAAGAACAAGAAAAGCACAACGACUAUCAAUUGGUUGCUACAAUGACUACAUCAUCGUCGCUUCAGCAACAGAGUAGUGCCAAUGGUUUCAAUCAUGAACUUUCACCUGCUUUGUAUAACCGAUUUGCGAUCGUUCAUAUGGAGGAUUUUCAAUUCGAUAUUGGCGAUCCCCAAUACGAAACUGAGGUGAAGCAAUUUGCCAAAUGUCUAUUAUCGGAUGAACGAACGGACGAUGAAUUAAAAACUACUAUUAACGUAUGCACUAUCAUUCUUAAGCACUAUAAAAAUGAUCGGUCACGCUUUCCAAAAUUAACUCUACGCAAUUUUAUUCGUUUGUUCGAUAGUGCUUAUCUUCUACAAGUGAAAUCUUCGGAAAAAAUUGAUUUUAUCACUAGUCUUUGGACAGCAUUUAUGGUUACGAUCGUCAAUCAAAUAAAAAGCGUAGACGUAAGGAAAAAACUAUCAGAUGAAGUUCGACAAUGUCUUCUUAUGCAGAGCGCUAUUUUAAACGAGCCGACAAUUGAAAUUAAACCGGACACGGAAUAUAUUUUGACUGCAUCACGACAAGACUAUGCGACAGCUAUUCUUCGUGCAGUUGCAUGUGGUAUUCCCCUAUUACUUGAAGGUUCAGCUGCUGUUGGCAAAACAUCGCUCGUUGCCUUUUUAGCAAAACUGAAAAAUAUGAAACUAGAGCGUGUAAAUAAUACAGAUACAACAACAGUACAAGAUUAUUUCGGUACGUUCUUGCCUGUGAGCAAUCAAUUUGAAUUUCAACCAGGAGCACUUUAUCGGGCCAUGAAAAAUGGUUGGUGGUUUCUCGCUGAUGAAUUCAAUUUAGCUGAUCCGUCAUUGAUGAAUUUUCUAUUUCCUUUACUCGAAGGCAAGAAGUGUAUUACUAUCCCAGCGACAGGAAAAGUUAUUUUCGCCAAAGAAGGUUUUCAUUUCUUUGCCACGCAGAAUGACACUUCAUAUGCUGAUCGUCAUCGAUUGCCAGUUGCACUACGAAAUCGAUUUGUCGAAAUUCAAUUCAGUGAUUUUUCCGUUGACGAAUUGACAAUGAUAAUUCACAAAAGUAACGAAAUAAACAGAGAGACAUCUGCCAACUGUCGUAUCUCACCACUGAGUGCUGGAUGUUUAGCUAAUGUCUAUCAUGAUUUGAACAAUGAUUCUACUUGUCGGAUCACACUUCGCGAUCUAAUCAAAUGGAGAUUUCGUCACAAUAGUAUUGCUCAUCUAACAGAUGAAUGGUAUACAGUCGGCAAAUCUCUUCUUUCUUCAAAACACGCACGAAAUUCUCCGGCAGAAAAACGUAUUCUAGAUUCGCUAAAGAAACAAUUUGUCUCUACGACGAUGGAAUUGUCGAAGUUUAGCAUCACCCUCAAUGAUCAAAAUGGUAUUCGCUUCGAAGAAGAUCAUUUAUUCGUAGAGUUGCCACGCACGAAUACUAUUUAUGAAAAAAACUUUCUCUGGAUAUCGGAUGCAAACAAGAAUAAUGCACCGCCUUUGUCAUUUCGAAUGAUGCUUGUUCGAAUUGCAUUCGCCGUCACUUGUCAAGAACCUGUUCUUCUCAUUGGACCAAGCUCAUGCAAAACUAAACUUGUUAAUACAUGGACUCAAUUGGUCGGAAAAACAGCGGAUUUAAUCACGGUUCAUCUUACCGCUGAUACCGAAGCUACCGAUCUUAUUGGUCAAAUUCAUCCAUAUUCUUUCAUUGAUGUUAUCAAACAAUUGCCGAAUAUGGCUCAACGAAUCCUUCAACGUUUGCAAGGCUUACUUCUGACGCGAACCAGUGAGUUAUCAGAGAAAGAUAAAAACAGUUUACAUGCAAUUACGAUUCAUAUUAAAAAUACGCUAACAACAGCGGUUAAUGAAUUCGUACAGAAAUAUCUUCAACAAGAAAACGAUCGUCAACAAGAGGAACAAGCAAAUACUGACAAUUUCAAUAUGACUCUAAAUCUUCAAGAUUUGACAAAUAUUAAUGGAACAAAAUCGAAAUUCAUUGGUAAUGCUCAUAAAAGUAUUGCACCACUGAGAUACGAUGAAAAAUAUACUACUUCUGAUGAUAAAUAUAACUCAUUUUAUCAUACAUUAAAAAGAACAGACAUAAACAUCGAUUCAGAACAUGAUACAACAGUAAAUUCGCAGUUACUUUUAUCCAACGAUGAGGAGGAGGAUGGAUUCUCAGCUAAGAAAGUGAUUUCUUCCGAGAAGUCACCUGAUAUACAAUCAAGAAAUGUAACAAAAUUCGAGCAAGUCGAUGACGGCUUGAGUCAUACAGAAUCAACUGAAGAUUCAGAGAAAGCAACUUCUAGUACUACUACUACUACUCAAACAACAGCUAACAACUUAUCACUUACUUCGAAUAAGAUAUCUUUUACUGACACAUUGAUCGAUUCUGUUGUCAAAGCUCUUAACGGUUUUCAAGAUCUUUUCAAUUGUUCUUCAUUUGCUAUUGAAGCAAAAGAUUCUACUCUUAGAGACACUUACUCCAAAUUCAAAAUCAUUUGGGAAAAGCUAAAUAAACCCGAUUUCGAUCGAACAAAACCUAUGUUUCUAUUUAAAGAUGGUCCAGUAACAAAAGCAGCGAAGUAUGGUGGUAUUCUACUUCUGGAAGAUCUCAAUCUACCGAAUCAAGCUGUUAUCGAACGAUUGAAUUCCAUGCUUGAAUCAAAUCCAACAUUCGCGCUCACAGAAGAUAUCACUUGUCAUAGCGAACACGAAAGUGAAAUAACAGGGCAAUUAAAUAUUCAGCUUCUAUCCAAUUUUCAAGUAUUUGCCAGUGUUCACCAAGAAGACCAUCAUGAAUCCACUGGAAUUAGCCCGUCUACUAAAUCACGAUUUACAAUUAUUCAUACAUCAUCGUACAGUAAUGAUGAUCUCAAAUCUUUGGCUAGAAUUGAACUGAGCCAAGGUGGUAUCGAAAACGAUCAAAUCAACACUACUGUAGAAACUAUCUUUUCACUUUCACAAGAUAUUGGAAAGUAUUUGACAGUCGAUAUUAAUAUACACGUACUAUUUCGUUGGUUAGAUUUCAUUAUGAAUCAUGACAAUUCUCUCCCACUAGAAACUCGAGUUAUUCUUGGUGCUCGUUUCUUUCUCUUCGACCCAUUUCUCAUAGACACGGAAUGCUCUAUUUAUGAGCAAUGGUGUCAACAGAAUCCGCCAUCAAGAAAAGAUUUUCUUCAAUAUCAAUCAUUUUUUCAGCCACCAUCGACGAAACAUGGAGCAUAUACACUUCUAGCAAGUAGUGAAUCUUUACCAUUUCCAUUUAGUGUUGGUAAAGACAGAAAAUUCAUCUCGUUGAACUAUACGGGUGUUCGAUAUACUUGUUCCGAUGAUGAUCAAAUACCAUCAAUGGAAGAAUUGACUAAACAUUUCCGUUAUGUUCCUACACCUACAUCUCUUCAACAAAUAGCCCGAAUAUUUGCGGCAACAUCAGCGAAGACACCUCUACUUCUCGAAGGUCCUCCUGGCGUUGGUAAAACUCAAGUUGUCAUUCAAGUUUGUCGACUUCUAAAUAAAGAAUGUGAACGAAUCAAUUUGUCAGCGAAUACUUUGCUCGAUCAUCUCAUCGGCUGUAUUAUUCCAAGAUAUGUUAAUGAGCAACGUACAUUUGAAUGGCAAGAUGGUAAAAUAUUACAAGCAUUGAAAGCUGGACGUUGGAUUCUAUUUGACGAACUCAAUUUAGCUUCAUCUGAAGUACUUGAAGGUUUAGCUCCAUUAUUUUAUCGAGCUGCGCAUACUUUUCAUGUGGCAGCAACAGGUGAAACGUAUCCUAUGACUAAAACACGUAUUUUUGCAACGAUGAAUCCAGCAACAAUGAUCGGUGGCACUCGAAGACCAUUGCCUCGUUCGAUUAGAAAUCUAUUCACUAGUGUUCAUAUAGAGGACUACAGUAGACAAGAACUUCGUAUUAUUUUAAAUAAUCUUUUUGAUCUUGAAACUCAAAGCAAAACAAUCGAUCAAAAUCAACUUGAUCAUUUGUUUGAAUUGCAUUUUAUACUGAAAAUCAAGAUUCAACAAGGUGAAAUAGGCACAAUAGGUGGUCCGUUUGAACUAAAUCUACGCGAUCUGACAAAAUUUCGAGAUGUUUUCCGUUCAACCAUCAAAGAUCAACGUACACAUUAUCGGUAUGUUUGUUGUACUGACAAAACGAAGAUCGAAGACAGUGAAAAGACAACACUAUCAAUUCGAAAAUUUGCUCAAGUUGUUUACGCUUGUCGUUUUCACGGUUAUAACGAUUUUCUUCAAGUACGUGAAUUAAUCAAUGAACAUUUUCCGAUUGAAAACAACGAUCUCAAACAAUGGGAAAGUGAUUGUACAAUUGAUGAUAGUAUAUACGAUGUUGUUCGAAUCGGUUCAAUUUAUAUUAAAACAGGUACAGAAGAAGUCAACUUAUCAAAUAAAUCAGCUCUGGUUUAUACAAAACAAACUAUUGAGCAAUUAGAAUUAUUAGCUACAGCUUGUCAAUCAAAACGUACUAUUCUAUUAGAAGGCGGUGUGUGUUCACGAAAAACAUCACUGGUUAUGGAACUUGCACGUGUAACACGUCAUCGCUUAGUAAUCAUUCCUAUGCAUGAAAACUUUGAUACAUCUGAUUUGAUUGGUUCAUGGAUGCCGAUUACAACAUGUGAAUCAGUGAAUAAUUCUGUUUAUGAUUAUAUCGAAAAAUUAUUCCAUCGAAUUAAUAAAUGUUUACUUGUUCACUGUAUGCCAUUUCUAUCCAAUGAGGAUAAUGUACGUAUAUUCACACAGAUGAAAGACAUUCAUCAUAUUUCUCUAAAUGAUGUCAACAGAGUAAAAUUCCAUAGACAAAAUAGUCUUCAAUAUGAAAUUGAAUUUUUAGAGAAAAUGUCCCAAAUACUUGAGGACGUUCGGAAAAUUUCUCGAACACUAAGUAAUGUUCAAAUUGAGAUUACAUGUUUUCUUCGUCAAGUGGAGUUUUAUAAGAAGAAACUCAAUUAUUUUUGUUUAAAACAAUCAACAACAAGUAACCAAAACAGUGAUCUUAAUUUUGUAUUUGUUGAAUCAGAAUUCGUCCAAGCCAUUCGAGAUGGUUUAUGGGUUUUACUUGAUAAUGUUAAUAGUGCACCAUCUGAAGUAUUAGAACGACUGAAUUCAUUAACGGAAGAUCAACCAAUGCUUUCACUAUAUGAAAAUUCUAAAGGUCAAGUGUUAACUGUUGAAAAUGGUGGCAUCCAUUCAAAUUUUCGUCUCUUUACAACAGCUAAUCUUGAUCGAAUCUAUUCGAAUAAAUUAUCACCUGCUUUUCUGAAUCGUGUUAUUCAUAUUUGGCUUCCAGCUAUGGAUGAUCGACUAGUACAGGAUAAUAUUAACUUGAUGCAACAUGAUCUUUUCAACCUUAUUUCUACUCGUCUAUCCGAUGUACCCAGUGUACAACAACUAACUCAUCUUCUGUUACUCACUCAUGUCAAAGUUAAAAAAGGUAUUGAAGAAAAUAAUCUUGUUUAUUCAACAGAUUUCGAAAUCACCUAUCGAUUACUUGAUCAAUCUGUUCAAACCAUACGCUAUCUUAUUGAUGAAGGAAACAAUCCAUUACAGGCAACGAUUUGGACACUAAUUCGAUCGUAUGGUUCGUCUCUUUCGAAUGAUAAACAGUACAAAUUCUUUAUUGAACAACUUCGAGAAAGUGUACAAACAGUUUCAGAAACAUUCAAUGAAUCGAUGGUUCCAAGGAACAAAUCAGAUAUCAAUAAACGUAAUGUCAGGGAAUAUAUUCGUAACAGUUGUCUUGAUCUGGAAUGUUUUCUUACUAAUAUAACAUAUGGUAUUAUUAAAAUAUUGGCGAAGAACGACCGUGUUAAAGAAUUAUUCGAUUCUUUUUUCGACAAAAUCCUAUUGCGAAUGAAGCCAAAAAAUGAAAAAUUGAUCCGUAUUAAAGCAAAAUCUGAAACAGGUAACAUCCAAGAAUGUAUAGAUGAAUUAGCGAAAGAUCAAUUUGUUGAAUGUCCAAUCGAUAUAUUUGAUAGUACUACGGCAAUAAGUAAUAUGUUAAAUUUGAUAGUUGAAGCGGAGAAAUUAAACGACAAAAUCAAAAUUCUUUGGGAAUUGUUAGAUGAAUUCGUUCAAGGAACAUCAUUUCAUGAUGCUGAGAAACGAGAAGUAUUUCUACAGCGUAUUACCGGUAUUAUAGAAAUAUUCAUUCAAUUUUUCUCCUCAUCAGCUAUAUUUUCGAUGCUUUCUUCGUCAAUAAUUCAGUUAAACACUUUAAUAUCCAAAAUAAUUCAAUAUCUUCAGCCAAUUCUUACAUUUAAAACAAUUCUAAAUGCAUACGGACUCUUUCAUAAUACAACAUUUGUUAAUGCUCAUCAACAAUUUCGUGAUCGCGUACCUGAAUUUGAUAUUGGUCUCUUUUUCGCAUUUGAACGUGCACAACAACAACCUAUUGCAAAAGCACGUUCCGAAUGUAAUAUAUUGAUCACACAUAUGCUUUCGAAAAUAUCAGACACUGCUAGUAACGAUUUACAUAGUUCAAUUAUCGUCUAUCAUGUGCUCACAGAAUGGAUUGGUCUUCAGUGGAUAUUCGAAUCCACAUAUCUAACAGCAAAUGUUCAAAAAUGUUUGAAUAAAGAUAUCUGUGUAACAUUGGAUUUUAUCAUCCAAUGCGAAGAUAUUUAUUGUUCUUUAGAAGUAAUGGAACUUAUUCGUUCAAUACUUCAACAGGCUCGAGAUAUGUUACCAUCACAAUCAGAUACAACUGACAACAAGUAUAAAGAAUUACAAAAGAAAGUUUUAGACAAAAGAACGAUAGUGAAUAAUCUACGAGAAAGUUCAAGUGAAGCUUUAAAAAAUCCAAACUUUGAUAACGACCAAUAUGAGCAGAUAAAUUCCGAAUACGAACGCGAAAAUCAAGAAUACAGAAAGCUCACCACUCAAUCUGAUGCAUGUGAAAGACAGCGUAGUUCUAUAUUCUCAAACAGCCGUAAAGCACAUUAUGAACUACAGGAAAAAAUGGGAGAUCUUGCGCGAAACGAUAGUUACCUGUUUCUUCUCGAUCGAUUCGAACAAUUCGAUAUAAAUCAAUUAAAUAACUUGAUACAAUAUCUCUUUCAUCUACAGAAGAACUCUUCAAACAGUUCAUUAGAUAUUCGAAUGGCUCUAUCGUCUUACUUUUCUCAUCUAAAAAGUCACAUUACCGAUGAUCUUCUAUUCAAUCCAUUGAUACAUUUCAUCUGUAGUUUCUUUUUUCUUCCUUUGAAACAACGACAAAGAAUUGAUGGCAUUACAAUCAUUUCAGACUGGACCCAAAUUAUUCAAGAACAUCAAAUUGAUACUAAAUACCAAUCAGUUAAAUCACAAAAUCAACUUUUCUUUUAUUGUCCUAAUAGAAAAAUAUCAAAUUGUUGUUUAUUUAAAAUUGAACAUGAAAAAUCAGCAAUGAUAUUUACAUUGUGGAGUGCCUGUGAUGGUUUUCGUACUGAUAAACUUCAACAGAAUCGAUUUUCAAAGUUUAUUAGAAUCGAUCGACAAGAACUUAAACUAAUACAAAUAUGUGAUGAUGACGAAAGAAAUUUCAGCUUUACCUGUCUUAAGAAACUGUGCUCAUAUGAUUAUCCAACAGACAGUGAUCUAUAUGACCAAAUGAAAAAUGUUUAUAAUCAAUUUAAGCUUUUUAUUGAUCAAUUGUUUGGAAAAGAACUCGUGAAAAAAAGAUCAAUUGGCAAAGAUUUAUGUCAUAAGAUCAAUAAGCUUAAAGAAAAAACGAAGGAUUUUCGCGCCACAUUUAACACAUGGAAUUCGGUACAAGAAUUUAUACAGAUUAUUUCUUCAGAACUAGACAUCUUUUCCAAUCCAUAUAUUGAAAACACCCGUCAAGAAUUGAAUAAUUUCAUUCAAACACUUCAAUCAUCAGCUAUUAAUAUCAACAGUCGAUUAACAUCUUUGGCUUUUGUUUAUCAAUAUGAUACUGAUCAACAAGAUGUUGAAGGUACUGUUCCUGUGAGAGAUCUCGGUAUCACUAAGAUUGCGAGUAAAGCAACCUAUAAAUGCGUUAAAGAAAUCAUCAAACAAUUACGUGAAUCAAAAAAUAUCAAUGAUGCUUUCGGAACUGCAGAUGAAUCCCGUCUUCGAUGUUUGUUUCGUUUUAUCGACAAUUGUCGAUGUCUGCUCACAUUACUUCCUUUAUAUAUUAUGUAUUCGAGUGAUGAUACCCACCUAUUGCAAACGAUUCAUAAAGCCACACCCGAUACGAUCAAUUUCCUACAUGAACUGUUUUCUUAUACGCUCCUUCAAAUUGAUCUGGUUGCCGGUCAUUUACGAGUUGAAGAAUCGAUUUCUGAUCAAAAUAUUUUUCAGAACUUUCAAAAACGUCUCAAAGAAAACCUGGCAAAUCUUUUCUUUCCUUGUGAUUUGAUGCCUAAUAUCGAUAACUUUAUUAUUGAUAUUACAUCUCUAUUCACGGAUAAAGACGACUCAAGAACACAAUCUGAAUUAAGUCGAGAUUCCAUAUUACGUUCUAGUUCAAAAUAUGAGGAAAAUAAAGAUAAAAUUAAUAAUUACAUUGUCCGACUCGAAGAUCUACUUAGAAAAGCACAAAGCGCUUUUAUUCGACCACAUCACAUUAUUAUACGCGUAGAAAAUAUCCUACAUGAAUUACGAUCAUUUAAUCUACGUCAAGUUUUUAAUAAGUCUCAAUUUAAUUUACUUCUACAAGCUGAGCCGGUUUUACAUCAACUUCUCGAGCAACAUUCAAAUGGAUUAUCUCAACAAAUACGACCGCUUGAUGAAUACGUACGUAAUAUAAAGCAAAUCACAAAUAUUAAAGAUGAAGAUAUUUGCCUUGACUCAUCAUAUGGAAUUCAAAAUAAUGAUCAAGAGAAUCUUGAUACCAUUCGAGCCGCUAUCAACAAAAGUAUAGAUGCAAUAGCAUUAAAUGAACUUCAAGAAUUAAUAACAAUAUCUGCUAAUCAAACGAUUUCUCAAACAUGGAAUCGAACGUUAAUGCUAUUAGAUUCAUCUAAUAACUCAUCAAACAAGCCAGAUCUUAACCUAUUGAAACAUUGUCUAGCUAAUGUCAGCGUAGAUCUUGCUCAAGAACUCGAUGUAGAUAAUAUGUUUACCGUUGAUGAAACUUUAGCAAAUCAAAUUAGUCUUGAGUAUGCUCAAUUUCGAUCAAAUAUUUUACUUGAACAAUCCGAGAAACAAAUGAUUUCAAAUUAUACCAGACUGGCUCAGUUAACGUCUACUUUGCUCAAAUGGAAAGAGAAAACAACACUUCAUUUUCUGAAUAUGUUCGAUACAAUCAAUGCCAUUUUGUGCAAUUUAAGUUGCGUCAAACAUCAUCUGAAAUCACACGCUAUUGUAUUACCAAUUGUAGUUCGACCGGAAGACUUACUUUGUUUAUUAUCACCGCAUGAAAGCAUGUUCAAUAUUCGAAUUAUUUCUGCACAUUAUACAGCUAUCGAUCAUUUUCUUUCUAAUCCAUCUAGUUCAUUGGAAAUCCAAGCUAUUUCAUGUGCAUCUUUUCAAAACUCAUCAUCGUCAUCCAGCAAAGGUUUAUCAAGUUUUAUGUAUGAUCAAGAUCAAUCCAAAUCAUUAUUCAAUAAAACACAUCCAUUGCAUGAAAAACUAAUAGACAGUGCAACAAAUAUCUCUCAAAGAUUGAUCAGUUUGUGCUUAGAAACAAAUAUACAAAAUUCGUUUCUGAUGAAGUUAGCCACAAGUGUGAAUGAGUUAUUUCCUAUUCAAAUUGCGGUGUCAAUGGCUCUCUUGGUUCUGACGGAUUCAUCAGCUGCAUGCAUUGAAAAUUUCCUUCAGAAUCAAAAAGAUGAUGUUUUUCUGAAGUUUACCUCUGACAAUGAAGAAAUGAAGAAACUCAAUGCUCUCAAAUAUGAAAUCAAGAUUCGUGAAACUAAACGUAAAACUAUUGAAGAGAGUAUAGAAUCCAUAGAACGAAAAUGUUCAAACGUUGAAUGUGCACUUUACACUACGGUAGUCACAGAAUUACAAGAAGAAAAAAAAACUCAAUUACAAGACCUAUAUGCCCAAAAAAAAGAUUGCCAGAGCGAACUUGAAAAUAUGAAACAAGAAAUCCAAGGUUUAGAAGAGAAAUAUCAACAACAAGAAAGAUCGCAUCAACAAAAGCAAAAAGAAGCACAAAGUGCAUGGUUAAUUGACGCUCGCCAGCAUUUCAAGAAAAUAACCGAACGCGUGCGACAACUUAUGCAUUUCAUUUGUCGAAUGUUCAAAUACGAGACCGAUUCAAUGACAAACAUUUCAAAUGAGAUAGUCAAUUUGUUAAAUCUCAUUAUUGAGUUGACUCGCCAUCAUUUUCUACAUUUCGAGGAAAUCUGUCAAGAUUUGCCAGUCGGCGAAGACUGGGAAUCUAUCAGAGAUCAAUUAUUCGAACUUUCCGAUAUUCAUAGCCAUAUGAUUAAAUUAUCAAAAAACGAUGCAAUUUAUUCGUUCGUUAGUUUCUAUUGUUCUUUAAUUAAAAUCGCUAUCAAUUCACUAGACAAUUCUUUAAGAAAUUGUGCUCAAUAUGGCCGGCUUCUUCGAUCGAAACAAAUUCAAGUGUACUUGAAAGAUCAAAAGAAAAGUCUUUUCUGUAAUUUAAAUAUUUGGAUUCGUGAGCAAAGUCAAGCAUUUUUACAAGCCGUACGCGCGGGAAAAGAUGAAAAUGAAAUUAUUCAACGAAGCGUGAAUAUUAGUAAUCAUAUUGAUCAGGAAAUGACAAAAAUAAGAGAUUUUGUGGGCAAUCAAACUGAACAUGAUUACAUGAAACGUUCAUUGUACGAAUUUCAGCAAUUUAUUUCAAAUCUUCUUGCUAUUGGCUAUCGCCAUGUACAACUUCAACGAGGAAUAAAUGAUGAUUCAAUUGAACAAGUAUUCACAUCUAUUUCCAUUCGAUACAAUAUCGAUUUGCCCAAAACAGAAGAGAAACUUCUUCCAUUACUUACACAAUAUGAAAAUCAAUUAGAAACGUACAGUGAUUCAUUACUCUAUCAAGUUCAACAUAUGAUAUUUCAAUUUAAUUCGAAUGUUUUUGCACUUGUUAACUUACUCGAACGUUCCAUAGAAAACGUCAUUGACUUUAAUAUUCUUUCAGCUUAUAUCAUUACGAAUUUAUGGCGUGCAUUGAAUGAUCUAUUUGUUCGAAUCGAACAAAAUGUGACGAAUGAUGAAUAUAUUGUUAUACAGGACUUAUGCAAAGAUUUUCAUAAUAUGUCACAAAGCAGCGAACAGCUCAAUGACGAGUGUUUAUUUUUACAAGACCGAAAGACAUUGAUUUCCAAUUUAUGUAUUCAUAUGGAGCAAUUAACUGGUUUAUUGAAAAAGACACGACCAAAGAUGGAAGGUUGGUUAUUACAAAUAAUGGAACAUUGGCGAGGUGCUGUGAAAGAAAUUCUUCAAGGUCUUAUUCAAUCGAAUAAUUUUCUUAUACAAACACGUUUAGAAGAAAGUCGACGAAAUACGAAGAUGAUCAAUUCAUCAUCUGAUAUCGAUAGAGAAACAUCAAACUUUUUUCUUGCUGAUAUCGACGAGGUUCUCUUAAGGAAAGAUUCAAUUCUCGGUGAUAAUGAGAAUCAAACAAAUAAGCUAGAGAAAAUGCAACGUAUUCAAGUGUUUGUUCAAGUCCUUAUCGGCAGUCUUGACAACUUUGAAAAAAUUGUUGAGAAAAUCUCUUUAGAAUCAUUAAAUAACAGUCUCUUCGAGUCAUACGUCGACAUAUUUACGUCGAUAUUUAAAUCUAGCAAAGAAAUAUUAUUUACAAAGCCGUCACUAGAACAAUUAUUACAAUCGGAUAUCCAAAAUAUUGAUGGAACAUUUCAUAUUCUCGAUGAUAUUCGCUGCUUUGAUCAGCGUGUUUUUCGUUCUCAAUUAGUGCAACUAAAUUUAUCACUUGAUAAAUCAAUACCGAGUCUUGUCAUAAAAGAUGCUGAAAAAAUUCUGGGUCAAGCUAUUAAAUAUGAAUAUGAUUGGUGGACAGCUAUACAUAUACUUCUCAGUAAUCGAGAUCGCCAACGACACCCAAGGAGUACUGUUGUCAUCUGUAAUACUUUUCAGAAGUUGAUAGAUGCAAUUUGGAAAGAUAUGUUUAAACAGCAAAAUUCUAAUGAUCAAAUAUGUACUAUACCAUCACAAGACAAUCUGAAGUAUUUGAUGAAUUUGCAUCAUACAUUGGGCAAUCAUUUAAUACUAAAGUCGCCGUAUACGACUAUGUUCGAUGAAGUAAAAGAUCUUUUUCAACUCACAAUAUCUGUUUCAGAACAACGUUCAAAUACACACGGAAUGAGGAUUAUACUAGAAUUUGAUACAGAUGGCCAGUCUUCUGUAUCAAUUUCAUUUCCAUUGGCGGAACAAGUAACUGAAAAACAACUAUCCAUUAGUGCACAGGUGCGUACUGUGAUUGUUACAUCGAAUAGUCAUCCACUUUUCCAGCCCGAUCGUGGUGAUUGGUCAACGUUAAGGAAUGGCAACGCAUGGCGUCUUUGGAAUGGUCUACAAAUCUGUUUUACAAAAUUGUCUCAUGAACAAGAAACGCUGUAUAUUGCUAAACGCCUAUCAUCAUCACCAUGUAAUACUAUAUCUCCGUUAGUAGAACAAUCUGAUAUUCUUACACUGCUUGUCGACUUCGAAAACCAACUUAAAAAACAAACUUUACCAGAUUUAGAACUAGCUACCGAGCACACAAAAUCGAUCAAAUCUAUUCGCAAUGAGGAAAUGACUGAUGCACAUGUCCGAAUGUGCCAUUUAACUGGAGAAGUUCUCGGCUACAUCGAUUCAUAUAUUUCCCAAUUGUGUAAUGUGAGAGCACAAAUGGUAUUAUCUUAUGCUGUGGCAAGCAAAGUUACGGAGAAAGCACAUCAUAAUAUUUAUUUCGAUGAGAUGCUUGCUGAAUGUGAGCAACUCUACGAGAUUCUUCAAGACAAUAACAAAAAUAACCAAAUUAUCGCCGAUUGUAAACGAAAAACAGAGGAAGCUAAAAGAAUAUUUCAAGGAAUUUCACAAACAACUAACAAAUAUUCAAAUCUCGACGUAUUGUUGAAUGAUGAUAAUUUUAUUAUCGAAGACAAUGUCACAGAAUGUUUUGCUGAAUCAAAAUCAGGACCAAAUGCUCAUAUAUGGUUUGAUAAAAUUGUCCACGGCAAUGAAUUACAAACGAUGCAAUGUGAACCAAAGGAAAUUCUGCUCGAUUUCGGUAUUACUGUAAACGGUACUCAUCAAAAUAUCAUUCAAUACCUUAUUAUACACAAUCAAUCAGUAAGCGAAAUGCAAGUAAAGAUUGAAAGGCAAACAGAUGUUGAUAUAAGAAAGUCAGCAUUCAAUUUCCAUACAAAGGUGUCUGUGCGUGUACCAGGUAGAGAAACCCGAGAAAUUGGUAUACAAUUCAAAUCUCCAAGCUUUGUCGGAUCUUUUAAUGAGAAUUGGCGGAUUAGUAUUAAUGAUAACACAAUGGAAAAUGUAAUUCAUUUACAUGCGGAAGUUGUCGAAGCUGAUCUGGAAGUAGAACCGAUAGAAGUCGAUUUUGGAAGUGUUUUAUGUGAAAGCGAAGUGUUGGAACGAAAUAUUCAACUUAAAAAUAUUUUACCAAAACAAAUACAUGUUAAAGGAGAGAUAAAAAUAUCUACUCCAAAAGUUGCUGCGUUGAAUUUGCCGAUAGAAAAUUUCUUUAUUUCUCCAAAUGCGACAUAUGAUUUAUUGAUGAAAUUCAAUACAUUUAAUAUUGAAGGAGCUUUUCUUGCAAAUGUUUAUCUGUCUAUUGGUUUAACAAAAACUCGAAAGAUAAUCCGUGUAACUGCUGACACCCGACAUCCACAACUAUCAAUUUCUAAUGCGAAUCGUACUAUUAUUGACAACAGUAAUCAAUUAGGAAAACUCACAUUGAAUGAUUUUUAUCGCGGUGAAAUACGUGACGAAAUUCUUGAGUUCAAAAACAUUGGUCAAGUUGAUUAUUCUCUUCAACUUUCAUCCGAUGAUUUAAUACUUGAAUCGAAUAAUUUUCGAUUGGAGAAGGAUUCAAAACAACAGACAAAAGUGAAAAUAUCUAUGCCACAGAACCAACGAAAUCAAAUUUUCAAACUUCAAGUUCGUGUCUUGCGAUCAAAUCGCCUCCCUAUAAUUAUUCAGUUUGAUUGUAAAUCAACAGCUGCAUGUCUCAGCAAACCAAAUCCAAUCCGCCCUCCUCUUGAUAUUGUCAAUGCCGAGAGACAUAAAUAUUGGGAUGAAUGUCAACAAUGUUUGAAACCAAUUAAGACCCCAUUAAAACUCCAUAAUGCUGGUAUGGCUUCAGCAGUGAUCUCUGAAUUCAAUAUUAUCUUCUCUAGCAUUACCCGAUGGUCUCCGCUUGCGCUUGAUUUAAAAGUAGAACCUGAUCGCCUAACCGUUCCACCCGAAUCACACGAAACAGUUCAAAUUGUCUAUCAGCCUCAAGAUUUACGUGAUCUUAAUUGUCUCGUCUCGAUCAAAAGUAAUUGUGAUCCGAACAUCAACGAAACCCCUUAUCAAUUGGAAGUGAGAAUGCCGGAACUUUCUAUUAGGCCAAGUUCAGUAAUUGACUGUGGAGUAGUUCGAAGUGGCACAAAUGAAAAAAAAAACUUAUUAUACAUAGGAAAUACGGGCAAAGAGAAUCUAACUUUCACUGUGAAUUCAUCUACUUGCUUACCAUAUGUCAACAGUAUUUCUCUUCCAGAUUCAACAACAUCUUCAGGAGAAAUGCCCAUAUUUAUUCGUCCAGAUAAACAAUGCACACUUCCGAUUCAGAUUGAAUGUGCCAAUAUUGAACAGAGCAAUGAUUAUAUUGAACUCGGUCAUAUUGAUAUCGAGAGUUCAAACGAUCUGGUAAUGUCAAUCGAUGGUAAACUUUCCAAUCGAAUAAUUCGAGUUUUUAUAUAUGGAAGAACCGAUGAUCUUCACUAUUCCUAUAUUUCCAAUAAGAAACAGAGUGGUUCUGCUUGGGAAAAUCUUCAAUUAAUACCUUCGAAAUGGUUUAAUACUUUUUACACGAAUAAUCAAACAGAUCUUUCCUAUUCAGCUUUGAUAAGUCUGGCUGUGGUCGCAUUUGCCUGUCAAAGUCCUGCUGCAACAUUGCCAACGACUCAUGACGAAUGGGUCAAAUUCGGUAGUACACUAAUCCAGUCGUCUGAAAACAAAAAUGUUUUUUUUGAAGAUUUUUCCAAUCGCCAACGAAGCAAAGCACUUAUAAAAACACUGAAUUCAACAUUGAGAAAAUCUAUCAAAGACCGUCAUUAUAUCUUUUUCGAUCAUUCAGUUCAAUUGAAUAAUUCAUUUACUCAAAACUAUUUUCUUCGAUUGCAACUCAUCCAAACACUUAAUAGCGCUCAGAACAUCGAUGAACAAUAUACGAUGCAAUCAUACAUUAUCCCAGCUUGGAAUAUCUACGAAAGGUCUUCAAAUGAUGAUCCAUGUCGAGAAGUAUUGCAAUUCAUUUAUGAAUGCAUAGGAAAAGAUCCGCUAAUGCCUAAGACAGUGAAAACUUUUAUGAAUUAUGUCAAACAAUUGGUGGAGAAUACAAUAGAUGUCAACAUAAUUGAACAACUUACUAUUGAAAAUGUUUCUUCACAAUUAGAUAUUUAUGAUUUAUUGAUUUCAAAUGCAUCAACUAUUAAAUGGUUAGUAACAUAUUCAUUUUUAUCGAGAUCAAUUACAACUCUUCCUAUCGCUUUAAUUGGACAAGAUUAUGAAGCAUUAAUUAGUUAUUCUCGAGAGUUAUAUGUUCAAUAUUCAUCUCGUGAGCAAGUCUUCUUGAAUUUUAUUAUUCGAGCUAAUGAAAAAUGGUCAAACUUUUCUCCAUCUGAUCGGCAAACACUUUUCACAGAAUUAACAUUCGACUCGUUUCCUUUGAAUGAAAUUUUCUCGGUUGAAUCAUCUGAGCAACAAACAUGCUUAAAAAAAUAUUUCCACUCAGCUCAAAUUCUCUUCAAUCGUUUCACAUGUACCGAUGAAUUCAUAACUAUCAACAAUACAUUCAAGGAAGGUGAUCUAGAGAUAAUACCGUAUUUAAAAAAUACAUUACAUAUCGCUGAAAAAGAAUAUUUUCAACUUGGAAGCGACAUUCGUCUUUUCAGAAACCGUUCGAUUACAUCCAAAGAUCAAAUUAAUAAAAUCGCAAAGGAGUUUCUCAAUAUCGUCAAACAAUUAGUUCAACUUGACCAGAAUCAAUGGGUACAAAUUGAAUCCUGUCUAUCUUUUAUUUGGGAAUUGAUAUGGCAAUAUGAUCGGGAAACCACUUUAGUCGCAGAUAUUGCUAUCACUUUAAUGAUGCUAAACGAGAAUUUCGAUUCAACAAAUGGAAAUUGGUCGAGUUUACGUUCUGUUUAUACACAGUUUUUGAAUGGUCCUAAGUCUUGUCAGACUGUAGUUCGUUAUUUGAAACAAGUCAGUUUAAUGAACCAUAGUCAACCGUCUUCUAUAUCAAUCACAGACAAAGUAUCGAAUCUUAUUACAGAGCUGACAGUAGGAGAAUCUGAAGAGAGUAUUUUUCGAUGUGGCUAUGAACUCGGAUUACUUACUAUGUCAGACGAUGAUCGCAACACACUGAAUAGUAGAUUAUCUACUGUAGAAGCUUUAUUAUCUAAUUUAAAUAAUGAAAACCAUUCGAUGAAACUAGCUAUGCUAAAAACUGUUCAAUUUCACGUUUCCGAUAAUCUUAAAAAUUUUAUUCAAGCAUACAUUACACUUGUUGAUAUCAAUAGUUUGUUUACUAAUACAAACCACCAAAAUCGAAUUGAAAAAUUUGAUAAAAUCACUGCAUCAUGGCUACUCUUGAGUAAAGACAAAUCUGUUAUUACAAAAGACAUAUUUAACGCGAUUUCGUCUUUAUUAACAUCAUUCUAUGGCUUACUUACUACUAAAGAAAAUCGAUUCAAACAGCAUAUCUGUAUGACAACAUUCACUGUGGCUCUCGGUCGACUUGCCUACUUGAGAUUAAACAGUCGUUUCUCUCGGCGGGAAGAUGAAUCAACACAAUGCCAAAAUCAACGUAUUCUUCACGUUAUUCAAGCACACGUAUCAAAACAAAUUCAAUCUAAACAACAACAAUCAGAAAAAGCCGAUACUAAUUCUUCUGCAGAACCAUCAUUGCCUACAUUAGAAGUACCUUCUUCUUCGCCGCAAUUGAAUACUAAUAUUUUAAGACCUACAUCGUAUUCUACGAUGACACUGGAAAGUAUGUUGAAAUCUGUAAAAGAUUUCUUAAAUGAACGGCAAAUGCAAAGCGUUGCUUUUGAUACAUCUCAAUCAAUAUGUUCAAUUCUAAAUCUUGCUUUUUCUCAACAAAGAGAAAGUGAUCAAUGGUUAAUGCAAUUUACAACUUUCAAUAUUCUUCUUCGUAAUAUGUCAGACAUAGAUGAUCAAAGCGUAGGACAACAUCUUCUACUACAUGGUUUUAAACUUUUACGUAUAUUUCAUAUUAUACAACGUGUUUUAGAAUCCGUAUGUUCAUCGAAAAAUCUUCACUUUCUUUUGUUAAAUAUUAAUCGUCUCGAACAAUCGUUUCUUUUGCUUGCAUUAAAAAAUUAUCCGAAAAUUCGCAAAAGUUUACGCUUACUUGGAAUUAAUAUUACCCAAGUACAAACAAAACCGAAAAUUUCUUUAUCAGAUCGUCUGUCUCGUCAAAUACCAUUACCAUUCGAUUCUCAAGAUAAUGAACCUACUAGAUCAUCAUCACCUAAUUUACGAAGAAGCAACACAAUCACUGAAGAGAAUUGGCAUAAUGCAAUGAAGCAUAUCAAACCUACAAAAUCUCCGAAAGCUAAACGAAAUGAAGCGACACAUGAAAUAUUUAUUCGAGAAAAUAUAGAAAGUUUAGUACAAAAAUUAUCCGCUGAUGUUCUAUCGAAAGAAUUAGUUCGUCUUAAUGUACCAUUAGCAAACAGUAUUGAUCCCCGAAAUAUGAGUGUACAAUCAUCCGCAGAUGAUACAAACGGAAAUAUUAUCUUUAAUUCCGAUCAAAGUAUCUUACAAGCGCAUGUCAAAGCCCAUCCGGAUCUUAUUGGACUAUAUGACAAAGCAGGAACAACACUAUUAAUUCCUUCAUCGUCAAAUAUUUCAACUGUGAAACGAACAGGUGAAUUGGAAACUUCUGAUAGUUAUAAGAAAAAUGAAUUGACUUACGAAGUAUUCAUUAAAAUGGAAGUUUUUUCGCGAUUGAUAGCAAAAUUUUUAGAUGCAUUUCAAAGUGAAUGGGAAAAUUUAUUGAAAAAUGAGAACAGAAUUCAACAUAUAGACAUUCGAUGGUGUAUCAUGAUUGACAAUUCUGGUACAAUGAGCAUCUACCGAGAUAUUAUCUAUCAAAUUUUAAUUGUCCUUAUGGAAGUUUUACGCAAAAUGGAAUUCAAAUUUGCUGUUGCAAGAUUUGGCGGUAAAGAACAUCAAGUAAUUCUCAAAGCUAUGGAUACAUUAUUUACAAAUAACAGUGGGCAAUAUAUACUCGAAUCACUUACAUUUAAAGAAGGUACAUUUCCUGCUACUAGUCUUAAACAAAUUGUUGAAGAUAAGGAAGUAUUCUGUACACCAACGGCUAGUCCAAAUCAGCAACGACUAGUUCUUAUGAUCACUGACGGAUUAACACAAGAACGUGAUGCGGGAAAUUAUUCAGCGAUUCUUAAUCAACACUCAAUCAAUUUAGGUGUUUUAUUUAUUGAAUUAAAUCAACAAUCAUCAAGUCAACUUUUACUUGAUAGUUUGCCAGGGGUUUCUUUUAAUACUAUCAAAUCUAAUGAUCUCGAUAAAUUAUCAGACAGUUUAGAGGAGUUUAUGAUUAAUAUGCUAACCUCAUGUACACCAGGGGAUAGCGAAGCGUACUAUUCAAUACCUAAAUCAAUAAUUGAAAUUAAAAUACCUCGUAGUGAAGCAAAUUUAAGCUCAGAUAUUUCAUGGCAUUCUAUAGGUGAGAAGAGUAAACAAGAACAAAAAUAUAAUCUGGAUGAACUAUCGAAAUUUUCAAUUAGUAAUUCAAACGCAUCGAUUCCUAAUCUGACCUAUACCAAACAAGAGUUAGAUAAUUAUCUAUUUCAAUCAACAGAUCGUACGAAAUAUUUUCAAGCUAUUGAACAACUUCGUGAAUAUUACCGUUAUUAUUCUCAUCGUAUACAGCAAUCCAAACAUAUGCAAAAUGCAAUGAAUUGGUGGAAUAAAGAAGAAAACAGUCGAGCAAAUCUAAUCGAUGAAUUGACAAUCGUUUUAGGUGAUCUCAUCUUUCCAUUCAAUAAGUUUACACGUCGACGAGCUGCUCUUCGUGGUUCAUCAUUAUACAUGCCUGGUUUAAUCAAAGCAAUGACCAGCGAGUGGACACAUAAAAAAAUCUUCAGUGCUAAGUGUGCAGGUGGUAAACGAGAUCAUGCACUAUGUUUUGUAUUGGAUGUGUCAACAUCAAUGUUUGGUAGUUUGGCCGAAGGAUUAAAAGAGACUCUUAUUGUUUUAAUUGGAGCAUGUCGACGAUUAGAAUUAGAUCAUUUCAGUAUAAUUGUAUUUGGAAAAGAUGUUCGAUUAAUCAAAACAAACGAGCAAAUAUGGGACGCUUCAGUUAUUUUGACAUUGAUUGAACAACUUCGUUUCGAUAUUGAUGAUGAUACAAAAGAUGCUGAUGCAAUUGAAGUAGCUGUUGAUUUGUUGACAAACACUUCGACGCGUGGUGAAAAGAAAAUUUUUCUUUUAACUGAUGGUUAUGGUCAUAGUGGAAAACAUUUACCUAUGGUUCAACAACGUCUUGAAGACGCUCGUAUCGAUCUUCUUGCAAUUGCUGUUGGCUUCGACCGAGUUAAUCUAUCGAAUGUGUACAAACGUUAUCUCUAUUGUUAUUUGCCUAAAACGCUACCGCAAGGUUUGCGUAGUCUCUAUGGUCAUGAAAUUAUUUCUCCAUUAAUCAAUUUGAAUCGAGAAACGGAAAUAUCAAUCAAUCAAAAGAAUAACAAAUUCAAUCAUCAACAGUUUGUCAACCAAUCCAAACUGUUUUUUCAAAAUUUUGCCGAAAAUAAAAAGUUUGACGGAAUGAUUAAACGUUUAACUAAUGGAAAUAAUCAAACACUCGAACAGACAAAUACAUUGAAUAUUUCCUUUGACGUUUGCUUUUGUCUAGAUUGUACUGGCAGUAUGGCUGGUUGGCUACCAUUGAUCAAAGAUCAACUAAAGAUAAUUAUACGUGAUGUCAAACAGAAAAUAAACGAAGAUUAUUCCAUGUUAAAGAUUUGUUUUCGUUUUGCUAUUGUUGGCUACCGCGAUGUAACCGAUCAGCCACAAUUCCAGUCGAAAUCAUUUACUGAUAAUGUCGACGAUAUUUUAGCAUUUCUUGAUGAGUUACAAGCAACAGGAGGCGCAGAUCUUCCGGAAGAUGUUCUGGGUGCUCUUGAUCACUGUUUGAACUUAGAUGGAUGGAAUGAACAUGCAAAUAACCGUAUCAUUCUUUUAAUUACUGAUGCUCCAGGACAUGGACGUACAUUGAAUGAUGAUCCGAAUGAUGCUCAUCCGGGUGGUUUCGGUACACAAACAAUGGAAAUGAUCUGUGAUAGAUUGCAAACGAAAGACAAAGAGACUAAUGUGAUACUUUGUAGUCUUAAUCCCAGGGCAACUCUUAAAAUGGAACAAGCAUUUCAAUCGUACUUUGAACAAAUUGUAAGCGAUGGAACUGACAAGGCAUUUAGCCCUAUCAACUUAGUCGGUUCACCUGAAGAGAGAACGAAUUUACCAUAUCAUUUUAUUUUUGUUCUCGAUGAUUCUGGUUCAAUGAAAGAUCAACCUUGGAAUGAAUUAUUAGACGCUUAUAGAACAUUUUUAACUCAACGCGAUAAUGAUCAAGGUACCACAGAUAUUGUUUCUGUGGUUCAAUUUUCCACGACUGCAGAUAUUUCUUUCGAAUCAAAAUCAUUAUCCGAAGCAAUAGCUUUUCCAUUUGUACCCCGUUAUGGUGAGACUUAUUAUUAUCAUGGUUUAAAUCUUGCGAAGGAAAUAAUUACACGGGAUCAUACAAAUUCGUCUAUAGUCAUGGUAUUCAUGUCCGACGGUGGUGAUAUGGGAAUAGACAAAGGAUUUGAUCCAAGACCAAUAGUGAAAACUCUUUAUGACGAAUAUAAAGUUCUACGUAGUUUUGUCUGUCAUACGGUUGGCUUUGGAACUGAAAUGGAGCCAAAUAAACCUCAUCGGAAAUUUCUUGAGAAAAUGGCUAAACUCGGAGGUGGUCGAAUGCAUUUUGCAUCAACGGGCUUGUACUUAAAGCAGGUUUUUGCCGAAAUUGCUCAAGAAUAUUCCAAGGUGACUGAUACGCUGGUAAAAAAGUUCGUUGAUACAUUAGGUGAAGCCAUCACCACAAAAGUACUAAUUGAUUAUCUAUGA